GAAGAUCCAGAAGUUGAAGUUGCCAUACUUUCCAUGACAGCUGCUGGUGUAGGCAUCACGUUAACUGCGGCGUCAGUGGUUGUCUUCGCUGAGCUUCAUUGGAAUCCAGGAACGUUACUGCAGGAGAAGGGAUGCAAACUAUAUGCAACUCAAAUGGAAUGCAUUUUAAGUAGUCAAAGUCUUAAAGGACAGAAACUCUACGGGAAAUUUAUAUCUAGGGCUGAAGACCGUGCACAUCGCGUAGGCCAGAAAGACAGUGUUUUUGUUCAAUACCUCAUUGCUAGAAACACUGCUGACGAUAUUAUCUGGCCGCUUGUACAAAAAAAGCUCGAUGUCCUUGGUCAGGUUAACUUAUCCAAUGAUACAUUCCGGACAGCUGAAUCAUCUCAUCUGAAGUGUGAGUCUCACGGCAGCCACCCAAAGGACAUCACAGACUUCUUCAACCAUGAGGAUCCGGAAUGUAGUGCUAAACGUGCACGACUGGACGACUGA